CGGUGUUAUCUGUUGAAGACCUGCAGGCAUUUUCGGUAUAUGCCAACUUAGCUCCGUCUGCCGGAUCCCGGACUCUCAUGUCCAUUCCUUGUGUCCAGGGGAUGGGCUACAUUACAGCCAUCUACAAUGAUGCGACGCCGGUCUUGAAUAGCGGGGUCUUUUUCCGCUCGUUGUCGUACAUCGGGUCUCUCAACGGCGACACAUACAAGUACGCUAUCCAGCUUGAAGAUGAUUCACAAUGGCUCCUUUACGCCACACCGGCCGGAUCUGCCGGUGCUCCUCCAUUCAAUUUGACAGACAGCUCUACUAUCACGGGCCCACAAAACUUCGUCGGAACACUCCAGGUCACCAAAAUUCCUGCUGGCGCUAGCGAAGGGCAGGUCUUCGACAGGUCAGCUGGUGCAUAUGCGAUAAACACGACUAUAUCCGGGUCAGUAGAUGGAUCCACCGGUCGUUACACACUUUCCUGGGCCAAAGGAGGUCUGCAGUCCCAGACCUUGCUCAUGUAUGCUCUACCGCACCACGUAGAGUCUUUCGACCAAGAGACAUCUGCUGCCUUGACGAACAUCCAGCUGGUCACGACGACCAAAGGCUUCGCCCACGCUGUUGUCGCUGACAAUAUUACUAUGAUCGAACCCGACUUGCCAGUCACCAUUGGUUUUGCCCCAUGGACCAAGAACUCAAGUGGAGGUGGCGGUGGUUCCGAGAACCUCAGAAUCAACGCCGAAGCUCUUGCACUUGUCAACAGUGUUGGAUCGGCUGAACUCAGUGAGGACUUCAUUGCCCAGACCAGUCUGGAUAGCAUGUACUACUCGGGCAAAGGUCUCGCUAAGUUCGCUGCGAUCAUAUACACGAUGCAGAGCAUAGCCGACAACUCCAACCUUGCCGCCUCAGGACUAAUCAAGCUAAAAGAUGCUUUCAAUGUCUUCGUUAACAAUACCCAGCCUGAGCCUCUUGUCUACGACACUGUCUGGAAAGGCGUCGUCUCUUCCGCAACAUAUGGACCAGGCAACAAUGUCGGUCUCGAUUUUGGCAACACAUUGUACAACGAUCAUCACUUCCACUACGGUUACUUUGUCUGGACGGCUGCAGUUAUCGGUCAUCUCGACCCAGAUUGGCUUACAGAAGGCAGCAACAAAGCCUGGGUCAACACGCUUGUUCGUGACUACGCCAACUCGGUCACUGACAACUACUUCCCAUUCUCUCGCUCAUUCGACUGGUUCCACGGGCACUCCUGGGCCAAGGGUCUCUUCGAGUCGGCCGACGGCAAAGACCAAGAAUCGACAUCCGAAGACGCAUUCGCGACCUACGCACUCAAGAUGUGGGGCAAAGUGUCUGGCGACGCCAACAUGGAGGCGCGCAGCAACCUGCAACUUGCCCUCCAAGCGCGCAGCCUCAACAACUACUUCCUGCUGACCUCGGACAACAAGAACCAACCCCCGCAGUUCCUCCCAAACAAAGUCACCGGCAUCCUUUUCGAGAACAAGGUCGACCACACGACCUACUUCGGCACAAACGUAGAGUACAUCGAGGGCAUCCACAUGAUCCCCAUCAACCCCUCCUCGGCUUACACACGCCCCAAGCAGUUCGUGCAGGAGGAGUGGGACAUGUAUUUCAGCAGCGGCCGCGCUGGCUACACCGCCGGCGGGUGGAGGGGCAUCUUGUACGCGAAUCUCGCCAUCAUUGACCCCCAGACGGCGUACAACUUCUUCUCGGAUCCGAACUUCGAUUGGAGUUGGCUGGACGGCGGCGCGAGUCGCACAUGGUAUCUUGCAUACUCGGCGGCGAUGCUGGACGCUGCGAGUGUGGACACGGAGGAGUAUGAUGUUGGGAAUUCGACAUCGGGUUGGUCGCACGAGACGGUGCAGGGUGAAGCUUACACCCCGAAUAAACUCAUUCAAUAUGAGCAUGCAGGCUCGCAUGGGGAUUCGGCCCCUAAGGUGCUUGGUUGGAAAUGAGGCACUGAUUAUGGUGGGAGGGCAUACGAUAUGAUGAGCAGAAGAGAUGGGAAACUACACACGAUGGAAAGGAAAGGCUAGACCGGAUGGGAUGGAUGGAUUUGUUUUCGCCUGCUGUUCGAGCGGUUGACUGACGUUUUAGAUGAUUUUACGCGCUUUAUGUUUACUAUAGAUUACGGUAUAUAGAAGUAUGAUUAAUGAAUAAUGCUACGCUUAGACACGUCUUUCAGUGUUGUGUUUGUGGGACGAUAUUGAAGAUCGUGCUUUUGAUGUUCUGGGAUGUGGCUUCCGUUCUUCAGCUGCCCUCAGCUUCCUCUCUCGUAUAGCGACACCGCCAACCCC